AUGAAUGCCACCUGGAGUGCGCGUGCCAAGAAAAAGCGGGAGGAAGUGCUGGGGCUGAUUCCCCCCAAAUGGCGACUUCCCCGUCCAUUACCUUCUCCUGAGUCACAGAAAGAUGUGACUGCAGACUACAUACGACAGUUUCUGUCAGAACGAGAAAUCGACAUAACUGAGACCGACGCUGUCGGUAUUGUGGAGCGAACUAGAACAGGCAAAUGGACUGCCACCGAAGUGGUCACGGCAUUUUGCCAUCGGGCGGCUCUGGCCCACCAAUUGACUAAUUGCUUGCUAGAGAUAUUCUUUGAUCAAGCAAUCAUGGAGGCAGAGCGACUAGAUGCGAAUCUUGCGACUGGGAAAGGCCCCGUCGGACCGCUUCAUGGGCUGCCAAUAAGUUUCAAAGACCAAUUCCAUGUUCGUGGCGUAGAAACAACAAUGGGAUAUGUUGGCUGGAUUGACACGUUCGAGGGCGUCAAGGGAACGAGGAAAGAACGAAACGUGGAGAGUGAGCUCGUCCGAGAGGUCUGCAUGCUCGGCGCGGUCCCGUUCUGCAAAAGCAAUCUGCCACAUACCGUGAUGAGUGGAGUCACCUGGAAUCACAUUACGGGUCAUACACUGAACCCCUUCAACCGCCUCCUGACUUGCGGAGGAAGCAGUGGUGGCGAAGCGGCAUUGAUUGCAUUGCGCGGAAGUCCUUUAGGUGUUGGAACUGAUAUUGGUGGGAGUAUUAGGUAUCCAUCUGCAUUCAACGAGAUAUAUGGUCUUCGACCCUCUUAUGGCCGUCUCCCAUAUCUUGGCGCCGCCAAUAGCAUGCCCGGACAGAAUAUUGUACCUUCUGUUUGUGGGCCAAUGGCGACGAGCGCCAGAGCUUUAAGGCUGUUGGUGGAAGCAACAUUGAGCCAGGAGCCAUGGUUGCAUGAUCCAGCCGUUGUCGAAAUACCAUGGCGCCGGGAACUCGCAACCUCACUACCCUCCGACGGUACAAGAUUGACAUUUGGUCUUUACAAAACUACUGGGGAAGUCACGCCUCUUCCUCCUGUCCAGAGAGCUCUGGCUUUCGUGGCAGAUCUGAUCCGGAAGAAGGGCCAUGACGUGAUUGAGUGGAAUCCGCCUUCACAUUUAGAGGCAACCGCAUUGGCUCUCGAAGCAUUUAAAGCGGACGGAGGUGUGGAUAUUCAUUACAAUCUCGGCCUAGCCGGUGAGCCUCCGCAGGACCGCGUUGAAGGGAACUAUGGUAUCAGAGCCACUACUCCAAAACCGGGUAACGAGGUGUUCGACCUCGUCCUCAGACAUAAGAGAUAUCAAAAGCAGUAUAUGGACUACUGGAACUCAACAGCGAAGCUGACCUCUUCUGGGAGGCCGGUUGAUGCGAUUUUGUCGCCAGUCUCUCCUGUUCCUCCUCACCUCUUUUUUGCCACUACUGAUUACGGCAAGUUAGGCUACACACCUUGGGUCAAUGUCAUCGAUUCGCCUGGAGUCGUGUUUCCUGUAACAAGGGUGGAUAAAAACAUCGACAAGGUUGAUGAAACGUACCAGCCCUUGACGGAAUUGGAUGGCAAGAUAUGGGAAGAGUACGAUCCAGAAGUUUCCCAUGGCGGCCCCGUCGGGCUUCAAUUAGUAGGACGGAGAUUCCAGGAGGAGAAAGUAAUUGCAUUGGCUGAGAUGUUUCAAGAAUGGCUUGCAUAA